AGAGAGAGAGAGAGAGAGAGAGAGAGAGAGAGAGAGAGAGAGAGAGAGAGAGAGAGAGAGAGAGUGUGUCUCAGAGACGUUAGUCCAGUAGCUGAAGCGGGACAGAAAGUGACGGCUCUCGGUUAGACAGCUGCUCCUCUUAACUCGACAUGAUGGGACGUUGGAUCGCCAUCACAAUGGUUCUGUUUCUGGUUCUCACUGCUGAUGCCAGCAAGAGAACUAAACAUCACAAAGCAGGUAAGCACGAGAAAUCUCAAAACUCUGAGUGCCCUGCUGCUGAAACCCGAUUUGGAAAAUGUGUCCCGGAUCACGGAGACUGUGGAGACGGCCUGAGAGAGACCAUCUGCAGGGACCAGGUCGAGAAGAUCCACUGCAGGAUCCCCUGCAACUGGAAGAAGGACAUCAGUGACUGUAAGUACAGGUUUGGUCCGUGGGGUCCAUGUGACACCGCCACCAACACCAAAACUCGGUCAGGCACUCUCAAACGAGCUCUGUUCAACGCCGAGUGUCAGACCACCAUCAAGGUGUCCAAGCCCUGCUCCCACAAAACCAAGAAGACUCGAGGUGAUAGAACAAGGAACCCACGAGGUCCAUCUGGACCUUCAAAGGGUUCUGUUGUUCUGUGUCAAUGUUCUUUUGUUUUGCUUAGAUGUGAUGAUAACCUGGGUUCUGUAGAACUUAGUCUAACAGCUCCUAGUUCUGUUGAAGCUUCUCAUGAGAACUCUAUUUUUGGACUGCAGAUGUUCGAUGAGACGUGUUUUUGAUGAAGACUUUUUAAUUCAAGAGUUAACGGGAAAGCUUUCACUGGUUUUAGAUUACGUGUGAGCCAGUUUUGUUGUAGACUUCAGAAUUCCUUCCCAGAAAGUUCUGUGACCCAAUUUAAAUGGAAGGCUCGGCAGAAGUCCCAGAUCACAGUGACCUUCAUGUGUUACCAUUAAUGUGAGUGUGGAACUCGUGUCUAUGUACAGGCUGACAGGAACAUGCCCAAACACCUGACACUUCGGGGACCUUGAAGAUAGUCCAACUACUGAUGUCUGUGAGCUUUGUAAUAAACACCCACAUGAGUUGUCCCAUCUUCAUUCUUUACUCUGAGAACUUAAAGUAAAGGAGAGCUUGGCCUUCCUGUCACUGGUCCGGAGACACCAAGUGGGUCUGUCCAUAACCCCCCCAAAGAAAAACAGCGCAAGUGAGAACUUUAGAUGAACUCGACUUGAUGUUCAGUCAUUCGUAUGAGAACAGCUUUAUCCGUUUUGAUGAGUAAAAUCUUGUAAAAGAGGUAAGAACUCAAAUCAGGUCUUGUUACCAGAUGAACAACAGGGUUUCCUGAAGGUGGACAACCGGUCGUAGGCAUGACAAUUCCAACCGGUUGUAAUGUGCAGGGUGCACCACACCCUCCCACCAGCACAACCGCUGGCUAAUGUCACCUUUGGUUCAUUUAUGUACAAUGCAAUUCGCUCUGGAACAGAGGUUUUAAAAAGCUCCUAAACCAUUAUGCUACAGAGGUCACCAGCAUUUAAAACACCUCAUCAAACUCCACGAGCCCUGUCACCCUUUUUCCUGGCUCGGACCUCAGGGAACCCUAACCCGUAGGCUUGAAGACUAGAAAUAGCCUGAACUGAAUUGAUGUAUGUUUUUACCUUUCAUGACAUGUAUUAUAGUGUGAUGUACUUCAGAGUUUAUGAUACAUACCAUUUGUUUUGAAUGUUUUAGCUGGGUUAGGGUUAACUGUAAUAAACACCCCUAUGAGCCCUUA